AAAGUCCAAUUGAUAUUCGGCAGCUAUAAAACAAGGAAAACAUGAGUAGCCAUGUGACGUGCAGUAAUAAAAUACUUGUCAAACUGGCCGAAACAGGAUAUGUGCAGUAACAAAUGAAGUUUUCUUUUAUUGAAAUUAUUGAUAUUGUCGGCAUCAAAACAACACCUAGCCUUCCCCGGACACCCAGUUUCUCGAUCGACCGACUAGAGUGCAGUCGCAAAGAACAUAUUUUUAUUUAAAAUGCAAUUUUCUUUUCGUAUUUUCGUAGUUUUUGUUGGAUAUGCUUUAUGUGAAAUAAAUUUUUAUGAAAACAAUUCUGUCGAAUAUGAUUCUAGUGUUGAAUAUAAUCAAGACAUUGAUUACGAUUCAGAGUAUACAGAAUUUAAUUAUACGGGAUUUAAUUUUACGGGAUUAAAUAUUACGGAAAUUUUCGAUUACAGUUUUAUUGAUGAAAAUGUCGACUUAGAAUAUGCGUGGACUAAUUGCUAUUUUGAUAUUGGCGGUGUAACAUAUUAUGACAGUAGUGACGUAGAAUUCAAAGAAGGCACUAUUCAUUUUGUUGAAGAAGAACUGACCGAAGAAGAGAAAUUUUACAUUAAAAAUAAUAACAGACCAUUCGCGAUUGAUGGCGGUUACACUGGACUUGGAUAUUUCAUUACAAUCCCAAGAACAGAACCUGGAAUACCAUCAACCAUCAAUGUUAUAGAUGAAAGAGAAGUAUACAUUAGUCCGGAUUUUAAGCCAUUCCAUAACAAGCAAGGCAACAAAUUAGUUUCAGUUUAUAAAACGUUCUACGAUUUUUGUCAGAGACUAUGGAUGGUUGACACCGGAUUGAUUGAUAUACCAGGUGCACGAAAACAAGUGAAACACCCUUCACUAGCAGCUUAUAGACAGGGCACUGAUCAUUUGAUAUUCAGUUUUGACAUAAGCCCUGCAGUGCUGAUCAACGGUACAGCUACUGAAGGUCUAAUGAUAUUAGGCGUAGACACUGGUCGAAGUAAAUGUAAUGACACAUUUGUUUAUAUAACGGAUCAAGCUAUAGACGGAAUAAUAGUAUUUUCAUUAGAAGACACUGCCUUCACACGGCUCAAUGUUACCGAUUUAAAUCACUUCCCAACGGAUUCGCCGCACUUUGAGUUCCCGCGAGUGCCAAUAAAUUUUAUAAAAUACACAUUGACAUCGAAUUUAACGACUGGAAGAGAACGUUUGAAGUCAUUUACUGAUAUCAUGAUGUCUUCUCGUGGAUCUGAGGCUGCGAACUUAUGGGAAAGCGAACUGGAAAAUCUUGAUAUCGAUCUUCUUGAGAAACGAAAGUUUUUGUUCUCUCUCAGCAUUAAUACCAAUAACCUAGUUUUUGUUAACAAAGCGAGAAACGGUGUGCUAAGCUGGAAUCUGGAGACUGAAAUGAUACCUGAGAACGUCUGUGAUGUAGCAAAGCUAAAUUCCACUUCGUCACUUUACAUAUCUGAUGUCCUAGUCGUUGGAAAUACAAUGAAAAUUUUGCUUAACAGAAAGUUAAACUCAUUACCUUCUCAGAAUCUCGGCAAAUGGAACCAUUUUAUGUACACGAUGAAUUUUGAUAGUGCGAUUAAAGAUACAGCGUGCUUCCUGAAUAAGGACUAUAUUAAUUUAUAUCAUGGAUACUAUACGUAAGCAAAUAAACGUUCACUAUAAAAAAUCGUUUCAUUAUUAUUUUGUUACAAUCUUAAGUGUGUGUGUAGUGUAAGUUCUUCAGUACUAACUCAAAAUCACUAAACAAAUAUUUUUCCUAAAAUAUAAUGAGGAUACAGUUUUUGUCUACCCACGAUGACAUACCAAGACGUUUUUUAUAUAAUCUUUAGUCAUAUAAUACCAGAAUUGAAUUCAAAAUUGCUUGAACAAUUAAUUAAUUAUUAAAAAUUACAUAAAUAUAUUUUAUAAUUGUAUAAUAAUUAAUUGUUUAUAAUAAUUAAAUAUUUUUAUUUAUA